ACCCAGAGAACCAGCAUCAUCACUGAGACACAUAAAGGCCCAAAUGACGAAAUACCUUACAUAUACGGACAAUUACAAAUGACCAGCAAAGGUAAUCAAUAUGUAUUAUCAAUACAAAAUGUCUUAACCAAAUAUCUUAUCCUUGUACCGUUUCCCAAUCAACAAGCACAAACUAAAAUUGAGAAAUUGGCGGAUCAUUAUAUUUACGUAUUUUCCACACCAAAGACGAUAUUAAUUGAUCAAGGCCUGAAUUUUGUGUCAAAAUUGAUGAUGGAAUUUGAAGAAACUUUUAAGAUUAAGCAUAUUAAUACCACUAGCUUCCACCCACAAGGCAAUGGCUCCUUAGAAUGGGACGAGAUAUUGAAUCUAGUUUGUUUUGGAUAUAACACCUCAUGUAUGAGUAUAUCACGUAUACCCUUUGAGUUGACUUUUGGUACAAAGGCCUACUUGACCAGUGCAAUAGCUGCUACUAAUGUAAUGAGCAAGGAAGAAGAAUUCCGUUUAUGGAAACGUAGACAUGAGUUGUAUUUAGCUAGAGCCAAGGUAAUAAUAGAGAAGAGUAAAGCUACAAAUAAAAGAAAUCAGAAUAAGGAAAUUAAAUUACAAAACGUGUUUAAAGUCAAUGAUAGGAUUCUAAUGCAUAACGAUCGUAAAGGAAAUAAUGUAGAUUCUGAAUGGUUGGGACUUUAUAUUAUCGAUGAAAUGAAGCUCAAAUUAUUGGCAACACUAACACUAGUGAUAAGCGAAGAAAUUAAACUUGCAGACCUAGAAAAUAAGAAUUUAUUUUUAGAAGAUGUACAGAAAGUUUUCCUCUCUUAUAACCAAGUAAAGUUAAUAGUAGGCGUCGACAUGAAAAGCAUCUCUAAAACAUUAUUUGGCACAUUAGAAAAUAGCGACCUAGAAUUAAUCAAUCAAAACAUAGACAAACUUUUCAACGCAAACAAUAAAAUUGUAAGGGAUCAAACAUUAAUGACCAAGCAUCUCUUGAAACUCUCGAGUGUAGAAAAACAGAUAGUUCAUGUAAUAGAUAUACCGAUUCUAGAGUGGAAAUUACGAAAAUGCUAUCCGAUACCUAAGAAAACAGGCACGAUAUUCAGCGCAAUUAUCAUACCAGAAACACUAACACUUCAAACAAUAUACGACUGCCAUUGGAAUAGACCAAAAAUAUUUGGACAAACAUUGUAAAUUAGGCAAGCUAAUCCCUAUAUGUAAACGAACUAGACCGAACACACCAAUUCUCACCGUGGACAUAUGCGAAGCCGAAAUAAUUAAGAACCUGCAUAUGCAUUGUAGACGAGUACUUUUCAAAAUUUAA